AUGUCCUUCUUGGCACGGUUCCAAGCGGACGCAUCCAACGCCUACAAGGACUUUUACAGCAACUGGUUUCUGGGAGACGAUGCGGGAAAAUCAGCAACACUCACGUUGGUGUUGCAACCCCAGAGCUUACCAGCACGCAGCAACAAUAGUGGUAGCAGUAGUGUUCGCCCCAACAACGUCGCACGUCUUGAUCUCGGCAUGACCUUUCUCGAAAUCAACGGCCGCGCCUACGUCAAGACCGUCACGCCAGAUUCCCCCGCCGCUCGGGCCGGCGUAAUGCCCCAGGACGCCGUACAGUGUGCCACCGUCUUUCCGCAAGCCUGGAUGGCGUACGGUGAACCCACGGCGACGGAACACGCGACCCGCUGCGUAGUGCGGAUGGAACAGCAAGGUGUCCGGAUAUCCUACGACGAACUGCGUGCCUUACUGGCCGAAGCCAUGGAUCCCACACAGGCCCCCUUUUUGUCCCCCACCACGGCAUCCAAAUUCGCCGCCACCGGCUCUGCCUGGAGUGGACCUCCCAUUCCCUCCUCCGUCAACGCUUGUGUUCCCAUGGAGUCCGCUACGGAAACCUCCGAAGAUGGGUACAUCACCACCACUACCUUGGCCAACGGGACCGUCCGCCGACCCAGUUCGCCCUUUUCUGGACAAGCUCCCCGACCCGUUGUCUUUUGUUUUCGUCGCGUUCGGCAGCGCAGCAAAACAACCGCACAUUUUGGUUUCCCCAGUUCGCGCCUCGAUGACGAAUGCGAUUUCGCCACGUCCUUGGUCAAACGACUCGCACCAACCGCGGAUAUGGAAACACCCCUCCCGGAUACCUGGGACGAACUGGUACACGACGGAACCGAUUGGUUGCUGGGACGGGGCAGCAUCCUUCCACCCAAAGUGGUGGUCGCUAAUUUGAGUAGCACUAGCCGCACCGGCAGCGAUGACCACAACAAUAUACAUAAUCAGGGAUCGUCACAAUACCCACCACCGCAUGCCGACACCACCAACGACGAUGAUAACAACGGCAUUCCACUGGACGAUUUCGAAAAGGAACGCGCCCAAAAAUUGGCCCUCUUGCGUUCCCGCAUGGCGGCCGAAUCCUUACUAGUCGACCGGACGGACGACGUGGAAGCCGUUACCAUACGAGGAAUGAUCCAAAAGGCUGUUGGGCUCGCCUUUAUCCGCGCCAGUAAAAUUGUACUGGGUGUGUCGGUACACGGUGGUAGCGGGAUUGUCAUUGCACGCCUCUCGGAUGGUACUUGGAGUGCCCCAUCGGCGAUUGGUACCUUUGGAAUGGGACUCGGACUACAAUUCGGGCUCGAGUGUGCCGAAUACAUAUUCAUUCUUCAAACUACCGAGGCACUGGAUCAUUUCCGGCGGGGCGACUCCUUCACUGUGGGUGGGAACGUCGGAGCAGCCUUUGCCGGCCUCGGACGAGAAGCUUAUGGGGCAGCAAGCGUGGGGGUUGGUUGCGGCAACCCCGACGUGGUGAAGGAGGAUGAAUACAACGACAACGACAGCCGGGAAGACGAAACUAGACCGCACAGUUUCGGCAUUGCUCCCAUAGUGGCAUACGCCAAAUCACAAGGUUUGUACAUUGGAGUGUCACUGGAAGGAUCGCGCAUUUUUGUUCGUGACGACAUCAACGGACGCACCUACAAGUUUGCCGCGAAUCGGGACGUGACGGCCAACGAUAUAUUAACCGGAAAAGUUUCGACUCCGCCCGAAGCAGAGGAAUUGUAUGCGGCAUUGCAUAGCGUCGAGUUCACACACGAAAUGUCUUGCUUGCCGCGACCACCUCAAGUCCUGCGGAAGGACUCGGCCCACGGGUGGUACUUUAACGAAUCAACACUGGUAAAUCAAGUAGAAAAGCCUCCGCCUCCGUCGUCCAAGAAAAUUUUCAAAUUUCUAUCCAGUUUGAAUAAGGAAGAAGCCGAAGAGUGCGAAACAUUUGAAACACAGUUCAAGAACUUUUUGUAUGGUGGAGUGUCGGUGCAACGCUUGGUUCCGGAUUCGGAGGGGCGAUCGGGACGAACUGGAAAAGAACGACGAACGUUGUGGCUGAUGCUUCCGGAGACUGGAUCGUUGCGACUAGGAUUUGUAUCGAAAUUGAGCGACGGCGAAGGUCUCCUAUCCAAUGAAAGCAGUACACAGCGCGCUCAGCGAGACGAUCCCAGCCGCGGGUCGGGAAUUGAUGGUGAUGUCGGUACCGUUGGCUCCGAAGAAGUGACGUUAGAUUCCGCCGUGCGCAUAAAGGAUGUGAGCUCAACCAUUGGACACAUUCGAACAGGGAACGUACAGCUAUCGCACAAACAUUCUUUAGCCUUAACGGACGUUAUAACUCUAUCGCAAGAGCCACUGGUUCCGGUUCGCUUCAAAGGCGAAGAUAAGAUGGAGCAUCUCCGAGUUAUCUCGAUCCAGGACGUUUCGGGAACGGCACUGAUCUUUUUAGCCAACAACUUUCGCGAGGCGGAAUUGUUGGUUUGUGGCCUUAAGUUACUGCUGGAACGCGAAGCCACUCGUCUUGGAAUUCGAGGAGGUGUUCCAAUGUCGAAGUUUGGAGAGCGAACUUCUGCCGGUGCUGUUUCACCGUCGGCCGCUCGCGGAUAUCAAGAUUUGUCAACGCCCCCCAGCCAUGUUUCCGGAACCAGGGCCUCCAAGAAGUCGUCAGGUUACGCCGCGUCUGAUGUUGGUGAAGCUAGCGUGACCCAUGUCAACCAUCCCAUACUUGGUAAUCGACCACUCGAUCGCAAAACAUGGGGUGACGUGCCGGGGCGACAAUAUAUGCGUGGACAAGCGGCCGCCAUGAUAGAAGCCAAUAGUCAUCGCCACAAUGAGCAAGGUGUUCCACAAUACACACACGGCAAACUACUUGUUCGUGAAAUUGUAAAAGACGUGCGUCUUCUUUCUCCUUUGACGCUAUGUCGAGUAUUGCUGUUGGAUUCGGCUUCGCCGGCAAUAAAGAAAUGGGAAAAAGAUAGGGGAGACUGUGGGAUUGACAGAACACGCUGGAGUUUCCCUCCUUCUACUUCGCGUGAGCGGGAGCAGCAGUCUUCGGAGUACCAGCUGAUAGUAUCCGGGAGUAUGGCCGGAGCAUACCGAACGAUCUCAUUUGAUCGUCCUCGAUAUGGAUCACUUGUUCGCUUGUCGGAGACUCACACAGUGGAAGCUGACGAUUCGAAUAGACUGUCGUUCACCGUGACGGAGCGCAACCCUCGUCGUGGCUUUUCUAUACAGAUACGGGUUCACUUUCGUGUACAUCGUGAGAAAUCGUGCGAGGCUAGUGUUCUGGCCAACAUUCGCCCGGUCGGAAAGGACAUGUCAAAUCAAGCCGCAGUGCACAAGGCUUUCGAGUUGGUAAUUGAUGAGAUUAGAGCACGAUAUGGUCUCACCGACGGCGGGCUAAUCGCUGGUCUUAUCAGCGUAGUGAAGAGCAUGGCCGUAGAAUCCAAUACUAGCGAUGCGAAUGAUAACAAGAUUCCGCGUCCCUUCUCCCGAACUCUCCCAAACGGCGAACAGGGCAAGGUAGAUUCAAAGGAAUUGUCAAUUCCCAAAAAGAAUUCCACAACAGAAUCGGGUUUGGUUUCCUUUGAGGACAUGUUGAAAUGCGGGCCGCGAGGUCUACUGCGUCAAAGUCCAGAUACAAACCUGACUUGGCCUAACGAUCUCCCAUCGACACCGAGCUUGUUACAUCAAGUUCCUGAGAUAGAUCCGGCCAAGCGCGUGGCUGGGCAAGGCUCGACAUUGACAAAAUUGGAAAUUUCGACGUCUCCGUCGCCAGAGAAAGAUUCUGUUUUGAUCGAAGUGAAACCCUUACCAAAGAUUCGCCUAAGCCUCAUGCCGUCGCCCCGUGAAGCAGACGAAGACAAAUCCAGCACGAGUUCGCCAGUACCCUCGCACCCCGUAAAGAAGAAAAAGGGACAAUCGCGAAGAAGGAAAACGAGCUCCUCCUAUAUGAGAUAAUCUGCUGCAAGUUAGCGUCCUCUCACAAAAAUACCGAAAGGGAGCUCUUAAGAAAUUAAUCUAGAUCUUAGAUGAAUGU